AUGGGCCAAAGAAUACAUGCGGAGGUCGCCAAAGAUAUCCUAGAGAAGAAAGGCGCCAAUUUCUGUGACCGGCCUAGAUUCACUUUAUUAGAAGUGAUGGGAUGGGGAAAGACGUUGACUUUUCUGCCCUUUGGAAAAAGCUGGCAAAUGCACAGAAAGUUUCUCCAGACAUCUUUUAGCAACACCAAUGUUCGCCAAUGGUACAACCUGCAGAUGACCGAGACCCACCGCACGGUAAAAGGCAUCAUGGCAAGGCCUGAUACAUGGGAAACAUCUUUGCGUCGAUUUGCAGUGGCCAUCGUUUUGCAAGUGAGCUAUGGCAUGGAAGUACCAAGUGAUGACGACCCCUAUAUCCGGAUUGCUAACGACGCCAUGUAUGCUACCGGCAAUGGUGGAGUUCCAGCAAAUAGUCUUGUUGAUCUAGUUCCUUUUGACUGGCUUAUCAAUGACUGGUCUUUACGAUUCGCUCGACAAUGGCGAUGGGCUAUCACGAAAUUACACGACGUACCCUUUGCCGCUGCUCAAGCCGAGCGUCUACUGCAAUCGUAUGAGCACAAUGAGUUACAGGGCAACAAGCAAGAUUGGUCUCUGGAUGACAUCAAAGGGGCUGCAGGUGCAGUCUUCAUAGCAGGCGCUGAUACUACAUGGGCAACUUGCGUUAUAUUCGUUCUCAACAUGGUUCUUCAUCCAGAGAUACAAAAGAAGGCACAAGACGAGCUUGAUGCGGUACUAAGACCUGGGAAGCUACCUGAGUUCUCAGACCGACCAUCUUUACCAUAUGUCGAACACAUUGUGCAAGAGAUCUACAGAACUGUUGUUUAUGCCAACUCGUAUGCCAUAGCACAUGAUGAGCGAGUCUACAAAUCUCCCCACGAAUUCAAUCCUGACAGGUAUGGCGCGGGCGAGCCAUAUCCUGUUGGUAAUUUCGGGUUUGGGCGUCGGAUUUGUGUUGGUCGGUUUCUGGCGGGCAACAGUGUCUGGAUCAUGGUAGCAACAAUGCUGUCCACACUGCAAUUCUGCAAGAAGGUGGCUCAGGACGGAACACCAAUUGAGCCGCGAGUCCAAUUCACCAAUGGUGGAACCUGGUCAGUCAAUCCCCGCAGCCCAAUGAUCCCUGUUUCAUACGUGCCCCCACAGUCCCUUGAAUGCAAUGUGCAGUCUGGACCCCUGCCUUUGUUUCCUUGUAAAGCCGUCAACAUGAAACAGCUAGCUUACUGA